AGAGCGACACAGCGCGGCAGACAACCUGCCACUCGCGAUAUCUCGAGCGUUUGGUCAGCAGCAGCUAGGCGGAAAAGGCGGGAGAAGACUGCCGCUUCCGCGUCCGCGCAGCACCAGCAGAAGAGCACUGGGGCAAAAUGGACGAUAAGUUGAUAUUGGCUGUUUUUAAUUGCCCGGAGCUGUACAAUGUCACUUUACCGAAUUACCGCUGUACGGAAAGUAGAGCAAAUGCUUGGAGAAACAUCGGCAUCAUACUUGGACUAACAUGUGAGUAUUUAUUUGUUAUUCAUUGUUUACCUCAACUUUACUCCCAAGUCUGAAAUGCGCAGUGCAUGCAGGCGUAGAAGUCUAACCGGUUAUAAAUAACUCAAAAAUAUAUGUUUAGAAGAGUUUGACUUGUCUCCUGCGGUCAAGCAGCCGCUUUCGUUUGUUUUUAUCCGCGCGAGCACAUCAUGGCGGUGAGGAUGCAGCGGCGCGCACCGUGCUAGCGGUAGCAGGCGCAGCUCGCACGCCGUAGGCCGCGUUGCACCGAACGGCACGGUCCGGCUCUGCCACUGCGCCGCCAGCCGCGUGACCAACACGGCGCUGCUGGAGAAGAAACAUGCACAGCGUCACGGACUCGCUGUCUUCACCGAGUCGCGUGCUCUUCGUGUUGCUCGUUAAACACCGCGAACUCCGAAAGCUCGUCGAAGUCUCGUGGAAGCAGCAGCAGCAGCUGUGGUUUUAGCACGUUGUGUGAGAUAAAGCUGUCAGAGUCACAAGACGGAGGCCCCCAGCCUGCCGUCUUAUCUUAUGAACUGACUGAUAGAUUUACAGUGACCUGCAGACGAGUCGUAGCAGGCCAAACUUAAGAAAUUAAUUAAUUUGUAUUUUAAUUAUUUCUCUUAAUAACCUUUCAUUAUGUAACAUAUUGAGACUUUGAAUUAGAGCCUUAAUGUUUAUUAAACUGUUUACUUAAUAAAUGUUUUCUUAUUGUUACCCAGCUGUAGGCUGCGCAUGCACCUGUACAUUUAGGAUUCACUCUUUAACACAAGUACCAUGCCCCAUAUUAGGGGAGAGUGGGGUAAGUUGAGCCACCUCCUGUUGCUUGGAAAUGGUAAAAAAAAAAAUUGAUCAUGUGACCAAAUAUUUAGGAGAUGGGCAUCAGUUCAUGGAGUCUGUGAAGGUUAGAAGAGCAUGGGUGAAGGGGUUAGACAUUUAUUUCAAAACAGUGAAUUGAGUCUGACAUAAUGUGGCUGAAUUGUGUUCAGAACAAAAAAGAUCAUUUUAAAUUUGUUUUAUACAUCAAUUGUGGUAUCUAUGAGCUACAACAUGAGGUCAAAAACCUAGCAUAAAAGUCCACCAUUUUAGCUUAGAGGACUAAUAAAGUCAUCAUAGUAGUUCUGGGGUAAGUUGAGCCAGUGGCUCAACUGAGAAAGUAAAGGAGUCUGAUGAGAGGAUCAGAGUUUCAGUUCAGAUUGUUGAAAUGUGUUACUUUUUCUUUUCAAAAAUACAGCUGAAUCACUUAAAGACAUUCUCAUGUUAAAAUGACUUUACAAAACAGCUUUUUAGCAGUUAUAUGCAAUAAUAAUAAAAAAUAAUUAUUGUACCAGUUAAAUAGCUUAUAAUAGAUGAAAAUACUCAUAAAUGUGAAGAAGUGACUGUUAUUUAGGGAGAGAGAAGGUGAGGGAGGGCUGGGGUGGUAGGGAUACGGCUCAACUUACCCCAUACACAGGGUAAGUUGACCAUAGGAGACCACUUUUUUUGGCAUGCUAUAUUAUCAAGACAGUUAUGUUUACACUCAUUCUGUUGGUUUGCAGGGAUGAACAACAUCUUGAAAUAUAUGCAGAUUCACUAGUGAGGGACAAAACUAUGAUUGCCUUGAUGUAUUGAUCCGAAAUAUGAAAAAUGGCUCAUCUUACCGCACUCUCCCCUACAGGAUUCACUCUUUAAUACAAGUACCAUGCCCCCUUUUACUAUAAAACAUUUAGCUAAACCUUUGAGCCAGUGUUAGUGGAUUGAAAAACAGAGGAGCACUCGCCUCUCAAGAGUCAAAACAAAAGAGAUUUUGUUUGAUUUGAAUUGAUUUUGGGUUAUUUGCUUCAACUUUGUCAUCUUGAUCAUUUCUCAUCCUUUCAGCGCAGUGCCAGGUAACUGCAGAUGUUUAACUGUCAACACUUUGUUUUCUUUUCCAGCUGAGGAGUGUAAGAGAAAAUGGAAAAACAUGAGAGACCGGUACCUUAAGGAAGUCCGAAUGGAGAACAGAAGCAAGAAGCAAGGAGAGAUGUUUCAGAGCAGGUGGAAGUACAGGCAACUCAUGAAUUUUAUUGCACCCUUUACCGGGUCAAGAAGUGGAGAGCCAGACAUGCCCAGCAACAACGAUGACCAUGAUAAUCUGGACAAUGAAGCUGGCAGCCCAGCAGGAGAGACUGCGUCAUCUGAAGCAGUGAAGACAUCUCAAUCCCUCAUGAGGUCUGUCAGUCAACAGGAUGUCAAACCACAAGUAGCGUAUGUGGCGCAGAUGCCUCAGGAUCCGUCAUCCAACACACAGCUGGCUGUUGUAGCAAAGGUACCACCAGGCUCCUCAAACAUCAACAAAAUCAGCAGAAAGCGGCAAAUCACACCUGACUCUCACUCACUGAACUCCUCUCAAAUGCCCCCCAUGAAGUGGCUGGUCAAGGACAAUGGGACUUCAUUUCCCAACAGGCCGAGGGAUGAGGAUGAACUCUUUCUGCUGAGCUUUGUCCCUGCACUGAAGCGACUUGCUCCACAGAAAAGAUGUGAGACAAAAAUGAAGAUCCAGCAGAUAAUGUAUGAGGCAGAGUUUAACGUCCCACAGCCAGAACAUCAGGAGAAACAAGCAGAACCAGAAGCCCAGGAAUAGACUGAACUGACUUUUUUAAAACUUUUUUUCUAAAAAACAAACAAAAACAAAAGAAAAAAAGCAGAUGAACCACUUUCAUUUACAGCCAAAGCUGGUUCAAGGUACAUCCCCUUUUCAUGUGAAAUAAUUUGCAGUUAAGACUGUUAAUAUUGACUUUUUUUCAAUGAUGUUCGGUGUCAGGAAAGUUGUAAUUUUUUUAAAUUCUUCUGUUAUUUGGUGGGUCUGACUCGCCUCUUUUCUGGGCAGGAUUCCGACUUAUUUGGGUUAAAAUCUUAUCAAAGAAUAAGACAAAACAGACUCUGAUAAGCAUUAGCAUUUAUUUACAUUGCUCCACCGUUAAUAGAGUUAACGCCUGCUUAAAAAAAGCUUUUCAACCAGCCAUUAUUCAUUCUUUACAUCUAUAGUAUUUUCGAUCUUAAUUACAGUAAAAAUACAGAAAUAAACUUUCCAAAACGGGAAGGAACACUGUUUUGUAAAUUUGUCUCAGAACUGCGGACAUGCAUCAACAAGUAUUUUUUUAUUUCCUGUAAAUAAAAAGAGAAUGUAUGACGUUUUGA